AUGGGUGCAUUAUGUGCUUGUACCUCAAGCAAAAAACCAUCAAUUAAAACAACUGAACAGAGUACACUAAUAAUAUCAGAACCAUUUAAGACUCAAGUAUCUAAUGUAUCGGAGUCGACCAUAAGCAUUCAUUCAUCAGAUCACAUUCUCGACGAUGAUUUCAGAGCUCGAAUUACUGAAGCCAUUGAUGUAUAUAUUGUUUCCAUUCCUAUUGUUUAUCAAAUUGAACGUGAUCGUAUUGUUAAUGAAAUGGAUCGUUCAGCAUCGGACUCCUAUCUUGGUCUUGUUUUCUCCAAUUAUUCUGACCCGAAAGGACUAACUAUGAAUGGAAUGGCACGUAGAUUAGUAACAUUCAAUGAAACCAAACAAUGGUUAACUGAUCAAAUCAAUGAGCAUAUGCAAACAUCAUUUGCAUCGCGAACUGCAGAUUGGAAUUCGAUCAGUCGAGAAACAGCUCGUCUGAUUGUCAAAAAAUUUAUUGAAAAGCGUGUGAACGAUGCAUUGAAAUGUGUUGAACUUCUAUAA